CAGAAAAAUAAUAAUCAGCAAGCUCCAGCAGGUAAAUAAAUUACCGAAAAUCGUCUUCAGUUUAGUCCUUGGUAAUUACUUCAUUUCACGAGCUAAAUCAAGCAUUAUACGUGAGAUCAGUAACUAAUUUUCUACCUUUGGUCCAACAAAAAAACCCGAGAAAAACGCUUGCAGAGUGCACGAGAAAGAGGAUCAGGUGCCUCUUAAGAUGAACACGUUUGAUCGUAUUCCUGAAUAACAAUACACAGAAAUUUUAAUACAGAUAUCUUUUAGCCUUAUUCUGGGACCCCAAUAGAAUGUUACAUACAUCUUAAUAUUUUAUUUCAUCCAAAUUUCUGUAUUCUAAAUUGCAAUAUAUGCCUAAAUUACUGAUUUCUUAUUUUAAUUUCAUUUGUUCUUUGUCCGUAAUAAGGUCAGUCGACCACGCCCUUAUUUUUAGGUGCCAGUGACCUACUACUAACUGAGAAGGGUGUUAGUAAAACGCGGGAUCAGGGUCUGGACCGUGGCCGGGUCGGAGUCUAUCUUUUUCUAAAGAAUGCUGUUUUAGGGUUAGGGUUAGGGUUGACAUUAACACUACCCUAACCCCAACCCUAACCCCUAACCCUAACCCUAACCCUAACCCUAACAUUACCCUAACCCUAAAACGGCAUCCUUUUAAGAAAAGUAGACGCCGACCCCGUCGACCCUUCGUUUUACUGACACCCACCUGACCUAGGAGAUUGUGACAAGCUACCUUUGACGGGGUGGGGCUACUAAGGCCAAAUUUUCAAAUCCCAAGUAAGCUAUACUUAGCGCUAAAGUUUGUGCAAAAAUUAAUGGCUGUCCUAAAAAUAUCCAAGGUCUUACGUACCUUUUUUAAUCAACCCAAGAAAGUAGGCUUUGAUAGAUUUUGCUAGCAUAAUUUUUGACACAAUUCGUCAUAACGAGCGUUUUCAUUCCCCCAAAAAGCCGGGGAAAAAACCACUGCUAGCAUAAUUUGGACUUUUGACUAGUUUCGCAGCACAAAAUUGUCAUUUAUUGAUCAUGCAAACACUUUUCUUUUACCCGAGCUAAGUGUUACGGGCAAAUCUAAAAACAAAAUAAAUUUUUUAUCUGCUUAUUGACCUACGACCUUUUCACACGACUCAAGCGUGCGCAUAACUGACUAGUUCGGUUACCCCAAAUGGCGUCCGUAUGCUGGUUUUUUGUUUGAAUUUUUACAGUUUUCAGAGAAUGAAUUAUACACUCUUAGAGUUUCUAGAUGUAAAUAGGGUUAGUGUGUUUGCCAUUUAGUUGUUUAAUGCAGAGUUAUUGAGUUAUUUUUACCAAAUUUGAAGUAAAACAAAAAUUACCUGAAAUAAAAAAAUAAAUGCAACAUAUAUUCAAGUUGUCCCUCAGCAGCUUGGUUAAAAAUAAAAAUAUAAUGCUCUAAUGAGGCCUUAAACUACUGACUAAAAAAUAAAUUAAAAGUAUACAAUCCAGGCUUUCGCUGAUCAAUGGCAUCAUCGUCAUCAUGCCGUUGAUGGCGAAAGCUUGGAUUGUAAUUUUAUUUUUUAAUCAGAAGUUUAAGGUCGUUUAAUUAUAAGUCUUAUAAGGCCUCAUUAGAGCAUUAUUUUUAUUAGUAACAUUAUCGUUUGUCUUUAUUCAGUCAACUUCCUAACAGCUGUCCCGAUAAGGAUUCAGGGAAUUGACAACAGGCGAUUUUUCAACACAGAUGAAUACCAAUUGACCUUGGAAAGAAAAGAGCCAAAACUACAGACCUGGAUAACGAGUUCAUAUCUCUGAUGACAGCUACGUGAACCGAAUUUAAGGCACUCUACUGUGGGUCUCAAUGGGGUGGUAGCUUUGACGGUUGACGGUUAAUGUUUUCCAAUUUUUACGGUUGACGGUUAAAAUGAAAGUAAUAUUUACAUGGACA